AUAUUUUACUCGCAGAAUUACUAUAUAUUUAUCAACAAAGUAGUUCAUACUACAGCGAUGAAAAAUAUAAAGCGUCGUAUUUAACGCAAACCUUGGUUAAACCAGGGUUAGUUGACACAUGUGCACUUGUAUAAUAUGUCCAAAUGGACAUGUUUUGUGGAAUUCCCCUUCAUUUGGUAAAAUAUUAUCGCAGUGGGCCAAGAUCGUCCCUCGUUUUGACAGUCAUUUGCUAUUCGUACUGGAGCUCUAGAAUUUUACUGUUUUUAGUGAUCGAGGUAGAAGAACUGCUUGAAAAUGAAACUUCCAACAUUGAAACAAAAUCAAGCAUGGCAGAAGAGAAACAACGACGCCAGGUUGAAGAUAGCUUGAUGAAAUUGAACGUAGUUGAAGCACCUAGCAUACGCUCGAGAGUUUUGGAUGAGGACUCGUCAACCACUGAAAACAUGAAUGAGUCCAAGCAUGUUUACGACGAUAAAGGCUCUUGCGAGUUGACAUAUUCGUCGUGUUUUUUAAAGGCAACUUUUCAAACGAAGUUUGUGGAGUUGGGUCAUCCUCCAGUUGGAUGUUGCUCUCUAACUGUACCUAAUUUAUUUGGUCAUUCACAGGCAAUGUCUGUUAUUCUAUGCAACACGAAACUCGACUGCGACAUGGCAAAGGAACGCGGAAUUGUCGCAGAAAUUUUAUCUUUCAAACAUUUCGAGGAGGAGCUCAAUUCACUUUUGGCGAGAUCUUCACUAGUUUCUAGACAGUGCCUUCGAGAAACAGACGUUGAUGGUCAACGGUAAUAUACAAGAACUUGAGGAUAAAAAUCACGAGGAACGCGAUUUGUUUCAAAAGUACAUCAGCAACAUGGCAUCGUAAGAAGAUGGUGGACGAGCUUACAGGAAUGGCUUACCAUCCAGAUGUACAAUGAGUUGAUUGUCGCACUAAAGCAAGCAAGAGAUGAUAAUUCGGUUGUGACAUUAAUAACAGGAGCUGGAAAAUAUUUCUGUAGUGGCAAUGAUCUCACUAACUUUAUGAACAUUCCUCCUGAAGGUCCAGAAAAACUUGCUGCUGAUAGUAAAGAAAUAUUGAGAGAAUUUGUUGCAACUUUUAUCGACUUCCCAAAACCCAUCGUGGCUGCAGUCAAUGGACCAGCAGUUGGAAUAUCUGUGACAAUACUUGGUCUAAUUGAUAUCGUAUAUGCUUCUGAUGUUGCGACAUUUCACACACCCUUUAUGACGUUCACUGAUCUGAUAAUAGACUUGAUAUAGCUUCUAUAGGUAGCAAAAGUGAAGCCUAAUUAUAUAUGCAAAAUGCACUUCCGGGUACCACAAGA